AUGAAGACCAGGGCAUUCACCCUCGCUGCUGUUCCAGCUGUGGUGUUGGCGAACACACUAGAAACAUCAAAGCCAACCUCGACCGAUUCGACGGCAGCGACAACAUGCGUCGUCACAUCAGUCGACGAGGUCGCCUCGGCCGUGGCCUCCUGCACGGCUAUCGAGCUUGCUAAUCUCACCUUCCCCGCCGAUACCGCGCUCGACCUCACUGGCCUGCAAGACAACACGGUGGUGACCUUCAGCGGGACCACCUCUUUCGGCUACACGCCCGACGCGGACUUUGACCCCAUCACCGUGUCUGGCUCCUCCAUCACCAUUACCGGAGCAACAGGCCAUGUUAUCGACGGCAAUGGCGCCGCCUACUGGGAUGGGCAGGGCUCCAACGGCGGCUCGGACAAGCCAGACCACUUCUUCGUGGUCCAGGACAUGGAGAACAGCGUGAUCCAGGACCUGUACAUUCAGAACUGGCCGACUCACCUCUUCUACAUGUCUGGGAAUGCGGGCCUCACUGUCACCGGCCUCGUGCUCAACAACUCAGCCGGCGACGCUCCCAACAGCCUGUCGGACGGCCUGGCUGCAGCUCACAACAGCGACGGGUUCGACAUCUCCUCCUCGAGCGAUGUCACCCUAAGCAACAUCCAGGUCUACAAUCAGGACGACUGCGUGGCCGUCACCUCGGGGACCAACAUCACCGUCAGUGAUAUGUACUGCUCCGGCGGACACGGCCUGUCGAUUGGGUCGAUCGGUGGCAAGUCCGACAAUACGGUGGACGGCGUCAUCUUCGAGAACAGCGUCGUGAUCAACAGCCAGAACGGCGUGCGCAUCAAGACGAACAGCGGCACCACUGGCUCUGUGAACAACGUCACGUACCGCAACAUCAGCAUGUCAGGCAUCAGCAUCUACGGGCUGGACGUGCAGCAGGACUAUCUGAACGGCGGGCCCACGGGUAUCCCUACCAACGGUGUCAAUGUGACCAAUAUCGUGUUUGACGAUGUGACCGGGACGGUGCUAAGUGAUGCAUAUGACUAUUAUAUCCUGUGCGCCGAAGGGAGCUGUUCCGACUUUACCUUUACAAAUGUGGACAUUUCUGGUGGGAAUGAGAGUUGCAACUAUCCUACCGACACCUGCCCUUAA